AUUUCAGUUCAUUUUAUAUGUACACAACGCUGCAGCCGAAUUCCGCAAACACAUCAGAAAUUGGAGAAAGUGAUGGGAACAGCGAGGCUGAUGGCAAUCUCGAUUUGUCCCUGAUAAAUAGACGCACUGACAAUGUCGCCGUCAUGAGAAUGGCACCAAUCAACACAGAUCUCAAUGUGGCACCUCCUCAGGUUCUGGACAGCACCUAUUAUGAAGCGUUUAGAAAACGUUCAAGAAAGUUUUUCAAUACAAGCUUGAAUAUGGGCUACUCAUUUGCAAAUGAGGUGCCAUCGGUUAACGUAGUUGGAUCUGGCUCAGCAAUCAAAAAAAUUUUGAUGGAGCCCUAUGCGGCUGGUCCUUUGAGUCUUAUAUGCCACAAAGUGGGAAAAACAGUUUAUUUGGACAACCAUCAAUUUUCCAGGAAGCAAAAAUGCGAAUUACUUCCACAGUUAUACUGGAGAGAUGAUGAACCACCAGCAACAAACUUUACGCCUCAAUUAUCCCUAUAUGAGAACCUAAUAUGGAACUCACCAAUAUCUACCUCAUCUACGUGCGAGCCUGAAGGCGACGCUGGAACUGAGCUGGUAUUACGAGAGACUGGUCUCACGACUUCAAGCUCUACUUUGGAAUUCCCGAAAAUGUUCAACAGCUACUCUUACAGGAUCACUUCUGAGAAUGAUCCGGGGAGUCUGGCGCAUUUAUGGGAGUUUUAUGAUUUCCGAAUGCUUGUUGAUGUGGAUUUGCCUAUUUUUGGUGGUGGGAGAUUUCCGAGCGUCUCAAUCCAUUUAAGUGAAGAAACAAAACCGAUCUCGGUCCUUACCGGCAUGGACAUCAUGUUGGAUCAACUCAUGUGUAAUUUAUCGGAGACCAUACUAGUUUAUCAUGAACAUGGACUAGUAAAAGACUACGAAGUCCUUGUGAAGGAAGAAAUUCCGCAUAUUACCGGUUCCGAAUUUGAUCCGUCUAACCUCAAGAAUAUUACCGAAAAUAUCAUGUCGUUCCUUUCCAAGAACAUGACAGAGCAAGGUCACACGUAUUGGCUGGUUAGAGAGAAGGGCUCAGCGGACAUGAAAUUGUACGAUUUGACAAGCAUAUGUCCCGACCUUGCAUGCAAUCCAAACUGGAAUCCAUUCCUAGUUCCCGUUAUCACUCUACUGUACAAGCUUUCGCUCGAUUUGAUGGAAAAAUCUCCAAAGGGACGUUCUGAAAAGCUUUCGAACGUGAUUUAUGCCUUGUUGAAUGCGGCAGCAAAGCUUGCUGAGAAUGAAGAUUUGGCUGAAAUGAGAGCUUGUAUUCACCACUCUUUGGCCGGAGUCUAUCUCAUGUAUGGGUCAGGGGAGGGGAAACUGGAUCCGGAUUUUCUGAACCUUAUUGACAGCCUAGAUGAGGUAUUGUCAGAUGGUUACGCCAGACUCACAUCUGCAAUACAGGUUGCAAGCUUGACGAGAAGCUCGAGCAACUGCUCUUAUGAUAACGAUCAAACUACCAGAUCUAGCAGCUCUUCAUCGAAACGACCUCCAAAUGUAAGGGUGGAAUCGGAGUGUGCGGUUCAAGCCUUGGAACACAGUUUGCAGGCACUGAAUGCUCUCGAAGGGGUGGACAUGGAUCAAGUAUGUCCUUUCAAACCGGAUAAUCCAGAUGAAGUGGCAGCGAUGAGUAGCAUCCGUAAUAAUGACAACAUGGCUAUACGGCGUUUGUUUCGACACGCAAUCUUGAUCAGAGCUGCCUCCGCUUACCUGCCUUUAGUUUAUCAAACACUUUGCCUGGAUCGCCAUGUAAAAGCCUACAAUUUCUCUCGAUGUGCCACAACACUUUGCGCAGCUGUUCUAUCAUCGAAACCGGUAUCACGCCAUAUCUCCAUCUGUCAUGCUCUUUUACAAGUUUUCUUGUCGACGUUUGUAAAUGCUGCAUCGGAACUCAUCGAUGAAGUUGUGGACACAACUGCACUCACUAACGCCAUCCCCUACCGUGAUCGUCGUUUUAUGGAGCUCGCGACAUCUGGGGUCGUUAUGAAAGGUGUUCUCAAUCUUGCAUCACUUUGGUUUGAAAAUAGCUCUGGAAGCAAGACUAGAAAGGAAUGGCUGGAACAAAUUGAAGCAGCUGCGUUUAGAUGUCAUCACUUCAUCAAAGAAUAUCCCGCAGCUUUCACUCAAGUCGAGUUCACUCCAGUUGCUACAGGAUUGAGCCCGCUUGAUAGGAAUGUAUCACGCGCAGUCAUGGCUUUGAUGAUGACUGGAGGAAAGUUCACAACUCUUGGGAAAGCUGAAUGUAGCAAAGAGGGUGAUGCGCGUGCAAAUGGUGACAAAGCGAUGGAAUAUGUUGAAAUUGCCAAGCACAUCUACAAGAAGGCUCUCGAAAUUCUGAGUGCAUACAACAGAAAAGACCUGAGGGAUCCUGAAGUAGUCCUCUAUGCAAACAGUGCAGCGACAGCAAGGCUUGAGUACAACAUCAAAGUGAAUAUAUAUAAGGAAGCAGUAACAAGUGCUCCAGUUCGCGCAUUGGUUGAUGACGUAUGCGCUUCCUUCACUAAGAUUUUUGAGAUAAUUCGACCGGAUUUUGAGACGCAGAACGGAAGCAGUGUGUAUUGCAACAGUCUUGUUGAUUUUGGCUUUGCAUUGUAUACUUUUGCUCAAGAUUUGAAUAAAGAAACUGACCAAGUGUGGAAGGACAAGCGGAUUCACUACCUCGAAGCAGCGGUGAGAGCAUUACGGGAUGUCUUGAAGAGAAGAGGACCACGUCCCACAAGAAGCAAGGCAAUAGAAAAGAUCACUGAAAUAUAUUACAUAUUGCUUCGUCUAAAAUCAAACGCCAUGAUUGAAAGAGCGAGUCUUUUUGUUUCUGCUAAAGUCGUUCGCUCCUUGUAUAAGGACUUCGCAGACUAUGUCCAGUCAGUACAAGACCAUCUUAUCCAGCUUUGCUAUGACGAUGUCAGGAUUGGAGCGAAAGAUAUACCGCUGUGCUUUGUUGACUUCACAGUUGGGCUAAUUGCAAUCUCAGCUGUGAGUGAGGGGCAGAAAGUCGAAUUAUGCGUUCAAGUGCUUCAAUGGUUGAUGGGAUUGGCGUCAAAUAUCACAGAUAUCGAGCCUGACAGGGAAAAGUGUGCGGUUCGCUACGAAAAAGUGUGGACGAGAGCUCAACACUUGUUGAAAUGCAUGAACCAGGAGUGGCGCAACAAUUCAACGAUGAAGCAGGCUUACAUGUGCGUUUUGAAAACUCUUCCUGAUGAUAUUGAGACCAGACGCACUUUUAUAAUUGAAUCGUUGGCAAAAGCUAUCACUGCUCUUGGCGGAAAGCAGCUACAUCCCCUUGGCUCACCUUAGAGUUCCUUAAAAUGUUGUUUGAGACGACUUUCAUAGACUUAGUCCUUCCCUUUGCAGUCUUUCGGGUAAGAGAUCUGGUGAAUUGAUACGAGGUUCCAAUGGGUUUUGUUCCUGUUUCAUUGUGAAUGAUUCGCUUACAAUAAUUCUGUGUAAUUGUUUCUGUACCAUUAUGUCAUUUU